AUGGGUGUGGAACAAAUCGUCGAACAACAAAUACGAGACGGCGAGGACAUUGGAGAAAUUGCUGCCACCUUGCAAGAAGGGCAAGAUCUCGACAUGGAUCCCGACUUUUGUUCCACUAUCAUUCCGCAGUUAUUGCUGCAUUCGCUUUCUCGUACCUACAAUGCCCACGAUCAGUACAGCAACGCUAUUGCCAUCGCUCUCAAGGAAGUCUACAAGUCGAGUGCCCUGUAUGGGCGGCAGGAAGCAUUUACACUACUCCGAAUUAUCAAUGAGCUACUCCAUGCAAGGCUCAGCAAACCACCCUACAAGAUUGAUGCAUUGAACAAGGGAACAGUGAUCCAGAAUAGUACGGCAGCCAUCAAUAUCAUCGUCAAUGCAUGGGGUGCUCUUGUGGAAAUGGUACACGAAUGCGAUCCUGAUGACAUGCAACCUUUAUACCCCAACAUCUGGUCAAAACUUAUUCCUGUAUCAAGCCUUGCCCUCACUGCAUCUCCACACACGGCCGUCCAUUUACUCAAGGUCACCGCCACUCUAUAUCACAAAUGCAUUCCCAGCAAUCUGAUCCAUCCAUGCGGCUCUCAAUCUGAAAAUUACAUUGUGGUGCUCCUCCAAUCCCUCAAACGUAUCAUUACCACGCCAAAUACUGAUAUACCCGAGCAUUUAUUUCAUGACCUUGCUCAAACGAUACGGAUGUGGCUCGUUCUUUUUCCUCCAAUGAUGCUUGUGGAUGUGGUGGGGAUGGCAAAUGCACUUGAGGCACUAGCGAUGGAUGCUAAAACACGAUUAUCGACUGAUAUUGAGGACAUUGUUUUUCGGAUAGCAGUCUUGUUAUGCGAUCACCACGUAUCAUUGCCUUGGUUUGACGGCUAUCUGAAGGAGAUACAAAAACAUCGAUCAAGCAGCAUAUUGGAGAAAGGACUCGAGGAUCGGAUAGCACAAUGCAAUGUGGAUGACGAUGACGCAUCAAUUGGGCUACAUGUGUCAAAACGAUUGCGAUUGGAUGAAUCCGAAUUCAUGGAUACAGAAGAAAGUGCAGAUGUGGACGGCUUUGGACAACAGCAAGCGUAUGGAUUGGAUAAAGAAGAGCAUGUGAAACGUCAAUGGCUGAAGACUAUGUUUACGGAGACCCUGUCAAAUGCAAUGAUGGCGUCAGAUGACGAAUUGGAAAAGAGAUCAAAAGAGGUGUUUGCGAUUGUGAACAUGAUUGGCACCCACGAAUUGGAUCCUUCACAAAGCAAGGUGCUGGCUGAAUAUGCUGCGUUCUGCAUCUCCAAAGAUGAGAGCAUCAUUGAGAAACUAGCGGAGAUGCACAGCCUCGAGCCGAUCAACUACUUGAGACGCAACAUGAGAUACAUCCUUCCCUAUCUCCUUGGUGGUAUUCAAGGCAACACACAGCUACAAUCAUUUGCAUCAAUGCUCGACAUGUCGGUGCGAUCACUUUGUGAACAAGGUGCACAUCAUCUCUUGGUGGCAUUCCUCAUGACCGAUGACCAACUUUUCGCCGAGAGAGGAUUUGACCGAAUGCGUGAUAUUUUCUUGUCGGAUGACGCACCUCAAGAGCUCCUUUCAACACGUCAAAACAAGGUCAUCUCGCUGCUUGCAAUGGAAUUGGGCGUACCUGGAAAGAUGGAGAAGGCUCAACAAGCUUUGCAAACGGUCAUGCGAUGGCUCAAGCUCCCUGUUACCACAUCAUUGGGCGACCUUUUGUCACAAUUCUUCCUUGGCAUUUCGCACAAGAUUGCUGCAUUCAUAUCAGAGAAACGUGACCCAUACAAGCGUGUCCAAAACCCAUCAGCGCUUGCAUCACUCAACUGUAUCAUCCGUAUUAUGGGCUCAGCCAUCGAUACACAAGCACAUCAGGCCAUUGCUAUCAUUCAAACUGUGGGGGAGCUACCAAACAUGCAAAAGGAAGCCUUUAUGCUAUGGAGAACGUAUACGGAGCAACUGUCACAUGGCGAGCUCUUUCGCCGCAUCAGCGCAAUCAUCCAAGGCUCAUUGGUGAUUUUCCCUCAUUGUCCUCCAGAUAUCAGAAAGCGCAUUGGCGAGUUCCUUGUGAAUGCAAUCAACGAGUGCACUUCCAGCAAAGGAUUACCCGAAGGCCUACCUGAUGUACCUGAAUUUGAAGAAUUGCAUAGUCUACGAAUGCUUUUGGAUAAGAAGCGACUUUCAACCGAUUUGAACGAUGAACUUGCCAGCAUUGCAGAACGAACGCAAAGCGACGACAUUUUGGAUAUGUUAUCAGCAGCUCAAGAAUUGGCACGGCUUUUGGAAUUGUAUGGCAACAUGCACCAAGUUAUGGUGGAGAAUCGAUCCUUGUUAUAUACAGCAUUACUGAAUCUGGCACGCAAGAGCUUCGAUCAUGCCGAAUUACAACGCCUGACAGCUGAAUGUUUGGGUAUAUUGGGUGCCACUGAUCCAACACAAGUGGAUGCCAAGAUUCCAGAAGAGAAUCGACCCAUCUUACGCAACUUUAACAACAAUGACGAGAAUCGGGAAUUCAUUUGUGAAUUGAUCACCAAGCAUUUGAUACCAGCAUUCCAUUCAGCAGGCAAUGAAAUGGUUCAGCAAUACAUCCAAUACGCUAUUCAAAUGGAACUUCAACAAGCUGGAUUCACACCUGAAAGCGUACACAAUAAUGGAACGAUUCAAUCUCGGUGGAACAAGUUCCCAUCCGCUACCCAAUCACUUUUGGCACCCUUACUUCGUUCGUCUUUUCAAAGCAAAUGGGAGAUGGUUGUACCGGAUUAUCCUAUUUAUCUUUCAGCUGAGAGCUAUAACGAAUGGAUCAAGCGAUGGCUAUAUCGACUCGUGGAAACAUCCAAAGAAUCAGCACGUCCCAUUUUCACGCAUUGCUUUCCUGUUGUGCAAGGCAACUUGGGCCUUGCGUUAACACUUUUGCCACACGCCGUUCUUCAUGUGCUGUUAUCUGGAUCGGACAAGGAUCGUGAUGAUAUUCGAGAGGAGAUUAUUGGUGUAUUGGAGCAUCAUGAAGAGCAAGCGAGACCUUGGAGUGAACAAAUGCAGCGUGCAUCCCUUCAGGUUGUCGUCAUGAUUACAGGCCAUUGUCGUCGAUGGCUACGUCACACACAAGAAAGCCCAUUGACUAGCAACAAUACGAGUGAGAUCAAACGUGUGCACAAGUUCCUUGACAGCAUUCCAAACGGCAAGAUGGCUAUGGCAUCCUUCCGAUCAAAGGCGUAUGCACAAGCAUUGAUGCAUUUGGAGCUGCACAUCAAGAAUAAUCAACCUACCACAUCCGAAGUGAUUGAAUUUCUUCGCCAGGUGUAUGCCCAUAUGGAGGAAAAGGAUGGUAUGGCGGCUAUCUUUAUGAUGUUCCAGAGAAACUUGAGCGUGGAAGAGGAGAUCCUUCAAUUUGAAUCGAGAGGCGAUUGGGAACAUGCCAAAGUGUGCUACACUCAUGCAUUGGAAAGGAAUCCUUAUGACAGCCAGCUACUCUCGGGUUAUUUCAACUGCCAGAGACAAAGUGGUGAUCAUAUUGGUAUGUUGGGAGCGGCCACCAAGUUAUUGCAGACCCAUCAAGAUUGGUUUCCACGGAUCAAUGCCUACAGAGCUGAAGCUGCAUGGAAGACGGGUGAUUGGGAUAUGCUUGAUAUGGCCACGAGUCUACCUAUGGAGCGAUCUUUUGAUUCCUUUUUGUCAAGUGCGAUGGCUAAUAUUCGUCGUGGUAACAACCUGGCUGCUUUGAGUGAUAUCACGAAUGCUCGCAAGGAUUUGAUGGAACAACUUGCCACAACCAGCAAGGAAUCAUUUCCCCAUUCACAUGAUCUUAUUUUACGACUUCAAAUGCUGCAUGAAUUGGAACAAAGCCAUAUCGCUUGGGAAAAAGUUCAACAUGAAGGGUCCCCUGAACCGAUCAAUGAGCUCAGAGAUACAUGGAAGAAGCAAUUCCUUCUCCUCUCGCCUUCCUAUGCGACUCGUCGUCCGAUAUUGGAAUUACGACAAACUCUGCUGUUUGGAUUAAGAACACCCGAAGUCGGCAAGCAAUUGGUGUCUGAUGAUGGUAGCAUUUGGCUCAAGCUGGCAAAAACAGCACGCAAGGCGGGUGAUUAUACAAUGGCACUCAAGGCAACAGCGCAUGCAGAAUCUCUUGGAGCACCCUAUGCGUAUAUGGAGCAUGCAAAGUGGUACUAUGAAAAUCACGAGAAUGCAAAAGCGAUCCGUUAUUUACAAUCACAAGACAACUUGGAUGCCAAAGCUACCUUGCUACUGGUCACAUAUAUGGAGGCUACCACGAAUGACAAAAAGGCGCAUCUUGCUGCUCAUAGAAAGGCUCUUGAAUUGGAUCCCAAAUGGGAAAAGCUGUACUAUUCGAUCGCACGAUUCUAUGAAAGAUGCAUGAAGGGGUCCGAGAUAACAGAGAUGCAACAACGAGACUACCGAUUAUGCAAUUAUGCCAUCAAGUACUAUCUAGAAGCAUUGAGCACGGGGUCCAAGUACUUUUAUCACGUCAUGCCUCGUGUUCUAUCCAUUUGGAUGCAAUUUGCUGCUGCCGCUUCAGGAUCGGAUUCGGGUACUCAGAAUAAAUCCGUGGUGGAGUUUUAUAACACGAUCAUCGGCUUAUUACGAGAGCGGAUACCACGUAUUGAGGCGUACAAGUUUUGUCUUGUUCUGCCUCGUCUUGUAUCACGUUUAUCCCAUGAGAAGGCCGAUACCGGCGAGAUUUUGGCAAGCAUCAUUUCAAAAGUGUUUGCAGCCUAUCCAAGUACAACGAUUUGGGCAUUACAGCCACCUCAAGAAUCACCUAGUGCGAACAUGCGUAGUAGAGCGAGUAUGAUUAUCUCCAAAGCAAACACCAUGUACAAGCCUGGAUCCAAGAUUCCUACCAUUAUUCGGCACGCAAAUGAGUUCAUGGUUCCUUUCAAAGAGCUGGCCUAUUCUUCAACCGGAGGAGACUUUGAUAGGAUCAGCAUCAAGAAUUUCCCAAAGCUGGCCAAGAUGCGAAAUUUGGAGCUCACCAUUCCGACGCAAAAGGCCAUGAUACCAGCACUUCCCGAAUCCAUUGACACAGAAGAUUACAAUCCUUAUGCGGAAGACUUGCCUCGAAUUGAUGGCUUCGUGGAUCGAAUUGAUGUCAUGCGUUCGAUGCAACGGCCCAAAAAGUUAUCAUUGAUUGGCACUGAUGGAAAAACGUAUGCAUUCCUCUGCAAGACCAACGAUGAUUUACGAAAGGAUGCACGAUUGAUGGAAUUCAGUCACAUGAUUAACCGGUUCCUGCGACAUGAUUCGGAUGCACGUCAACGCGCCUUAUACAUUCGUACGUUUGGCGUUAUACCUUUGGGUGAGCAAUGGGGUCUGAUUGAAUGGAUUAGCAAUCUUUCACCACUGAAGGUCGCUGUUGGUUCUAUGCUGGCUAAGAAUGGCAUCGAUAUCAGACGAGUACAACUCCUAGCUAAGAACCAGUUGGAGGCUGCAGGCACUGUUGAAGCCAAGUACAAAGUCUUUGUCGACACCGUUCUUCCAAAAUGUCCUCCUGUAUUCCAUCGGUGGUUUCUUAACGUAUUUCCUGAUCCAAAUCAGUGGUUUGCGAGUCGCUGUCGCUACAUCAAGACAUUAGCUGUCAUGUCGAUCGUCGGCUAUAUCCUUGGCUUGGGUGAUCGUCAUGCUGAAAACAUUCUCUUUGAUUCGAGCAAUGGUGAUUGUGUGCAUGUGGAUGUCAACAUGUUGUUCGACAAGGGCCAACAGCUCAAUGUUCCUGAAAUUGUACCUUUCCGAUUGACACAGAAUCUGGUGGAUGGUAUGGGGGUAUUAGGCUACGAAGGCAUGUUCCGCAAGACCUGUGAAGUGACUCUUUCCGUGCUUCGACACAACAAGAUCCAAUUGCUCUCUGUAUUUGAAACGCUUCUUUAUGAUCCGAUUGUGGAAUGGAAACGCAAGCAAAAUAUCCAGGCCGAAGCGAAAAAGAAGAUGAAUGAGAUCAGUCAAAAGAUCAACGGCGUCAACGAAAGGAUCCCCCACGGCAUGAGCAUCAAGGAACAAGUCCAAAUGCUUAUAUCCGAGGCUUCCGACAAUACCAGGCUCGCUCAAAUGUUUGUUGGAUGGGCACCAUUCAUCUAG